AUGGAUCAAAAUACCACCGCCUUUGGGAAGCUCCUUUUAGAGCUACGAAACAAGGUCGAUCAUGUAGAACCCAAAAAGGAUCCAACUUUCCACUCCUUUACGUCGCUCCCGAAAGAGCUACGAAUCCGAAUCUAUCUCUUGGCUACACCACCUCGUGUAGUAUUACUCCAAAAACCAAGAAUUCGCUACGUUGAGUCUUCGCAAGAGUACAAGAGUAUGGGACCUGACCCAAAGUACCAAGACUACACUUACAGUUUUACCAAGAUCCCUGCACUGUUGCACACAUGUAGAGAGUCGAGGUGUGAACUGGUAAGGCAUGGUUAUGAGCUCACAUUUGGGUCAGAGUCAAGCGUUCCACUGACGUGGUUCGAUUACCGUCGAGAGGCUCUGUACCUUGCUGGACAUGUUGGGAACCCUUUUCCUAGAGUCUAUCCUCAGUCGCUCAAUGAGCCUCCAACACCGCUCUACCGGUAUGGAGAAGGCUCCAAUUGUUAUUUGUUGGACAUAGACAAGAAGAGGGUGCGUUGGGUCGUGGACCGAAGUGACUGUUCACAAUAUGUCUUCGAAACGGGGGGAGGCUUUUGCAAUUGGUGGGGGGGCCGGCACCAUUUCUGGCUACUAAUAAGAAGUCCAAAUGGAGUGUACACACGAGCUACCUCUGGAUGCAUAUCUGAUACCUUUGUGUAUCCAAAAAUGUGGGAGAUAUGGGAGGACUAUGAGAUGCAAUAUUUCUGGAACCUCACGAUGCUGGACCCUAAUUCUGGAUAA